AUGGCGUCGACGUCGGGGGAUCCAUCGGCAGCGGAGGCUCUCCGCCGCGGCCGCAUCCUCUCCAGCCGCCUCUACGUCGACGGCGUCCCCAGCUCCAAGGUCCGUCACCCCAACCCCUCUCUCUCCUCCCACUUCGCCGCCGUGGGUCGUGACAACCGCAUGCCGUUCGCGCAGGCACCCGUGGUCUACUCGCCGCGUGCACUCAGAGUCGUACUUAGCAGCCUUAAGAGCAGUGUGAAGGUUGCUCGCAUUGUAGAGAGUGGGACAAAAACAGAAGAUUAUUUGGACAUCCUUGAUAAGGCUCUCAAGGUAGCUGAAAGUAGAUUUCAGCCCCAGUUGAUUCUGUACAAUGCUGGAACUGAUAUCCUAGAUGGCGAUCCUUUAGGCAGCCUAAAGGUUAGCCCAGAGGGUGUGAUUAUUAGAGACGAAAAGGUUUUCAGGUUUGCAAAGGAUCAGAGUAUUCCUCUCCUCAUGCUGACAUCAGGUGGGGAUUGUGCUCUUCAUUCUUUAACUUCAUCUGCCUUGACUCUUAGCUAUAUUCACUGA